AUGAUUAUGAUCAAACAAUUUCUUUGUAAAUUAUUCUCUGAUAAAUGUCAAUUAAUAUCUUUUCGACUUGAUAUUAGUAAUGAACCUCGAGAUGGUUGUAUUCAUCGAUGUUUAUCAUCAAACUUUUAUAUCUUUUCCAAUUUAAUUCCGUAUGAACAUCAAUCUUAUUGUGUAACUCUUCGUUAUUUAUAUAUCCGAAUUAAUCAAAUACGUUUUCUUGAAGAUCUUAUUGAACAUGUACCUAAUCUUGAAAAAUUAUCAGUUGAGUUAGAUUGUUCAUUAGGUUCGUUUGCACCUUGGAAGAAAUCAAAUGUUGAAAUAUUAAAACAAUCAAAGACAAAUUGGUAUAAUAAAAUAAAAAAAUUAAAAUAUUUUAUUUUAAAAACUUUCAUUGAUGAGGAUUAUGAAUUUAUUUAUUUAAAAUGGCUUCUCAAUAAUUUAAAUUAUAUUGAAAAACUUCAACUUCAUAUUAAACAUGAUAGCUUAAAAAAAAAAAUAUAUCAUAAUAUAAUGAAAUCUUUGAUUGAUGCAAAUUUUAUUCGUCAAUAUUGUUUACCUGAUUUAAUACCGAAUUUAAUUUAUUUUAAUUUUUAUAUUUAUUGGAAAUGUCAAUUAUCAUUUAAUGAUAUUGAAAUAAUAAAAAAUUCAUUUAAA